GGACAAGCGGUUUCAGUCAGUGUGUGCGUGCGUGUAAAUACCGCACUGAGCUACUGUACACUUACCACAAAUGCAGUGAGUUGCAUACACACUGGGCCUGAGAUUUUUUUUUUUUUUUCCCCCCUCCUCUCAAACAUGUAAAUUAAUUGGAUGACCAAAGGAGGAGGCGGGGGAGGGAAGAUCAUCCACAUCAUGUCCUUCGGUGCCAGACAGCAGAACAGGGAGACGCGUAGACGGCUCGCAGGAAAAAAAGCCCUCGAAGGAGCUCGUCGAAGGCCUCGGAUCGCCGCCGCCGGGCUCCUUCAGGACCGCGUCCAACUUGGAGCGCGCCGUCUGCCUUUUCGCCUCGCGAUAGAUCUCCCUGUAGCAAGCGAGCGCUUCCUGGACCAGCCUGUCAACGCCGGAAAACCUCUCCACGUUGGGAUCCAUCUCCUCGAACAGCUGCAUGGCCCUGUCAAUAGCGGAGAAGGCCUCCGCCAUGUGCGUCAGCGAGAACUCCUUGGCGGGCUCAGCAGCAGCAGCAGCAGCAGCAGCAACACCCCCGCGCUGCUCCUCCUCCUCCUCCUCUUCCUCCUCCUCUUGCUCUUCCUCCUCCUCUUCCUCCUUCGCCACUUUCUGGGCCCCCAGCUCUACGAGAUACUCGUCCGACAGCUGCUUGGCCACGAUCUCCACGAGCUGCUCGCCGCCGCCCUCUUCGUCGUCCACCUCCCGCUUCACGCGCUCGGCCAGCAGCGGCACCUCCGCACUUCCGCCGCCAGCAGCAGCGUCAGCAGCGUCGCGCUCGCAGCCCCGCUGCUGCAAGGUGUCCACGUACCUGUGCAGGAGCGCGUCGGCGCUCGCCGACUCCCCGCUCACCUUGACGCUGCGCAGAUUGUAGCGGUUCUUGAAUCGCUGGAACCAGCCGUGA